UGAAUGUGAUAGGUCAUGACAGUGGGGAGUGAACAGCUCCUUAAAUCAGGCUUGAGUGUAGCUCUUCUAGAGAGAGUUCUUCUGUGAUGGUCCUUCGGAAUCCUAGUGAAUUUAAGAGUCUGUCCUUUCUCCAUCCCCCCUGCUCUCUGUCUUUCUUUACCCACGGUACCCCCACCCUACCCCCUUGUAGACGCAGAAGAAAGUUUUUACCCAGGAUGAGCCCCAUGUUGAUGUAGGCAUCACCUCCCCUCCCAUCUGGGCAGGAGCCCAGAAAGGAGCAAAGGAGGGGGGGGGGAUGUGAAGGUAGGAUCGCUUAGAUCUCUGUUUUAAGGAUUCUGAGGUCGGGCCACUCAAGGGCCAGCCAAGAGUAUUGGUUCUGGACACAAGCAGAUCAAGCUUUUACCUCCUCCGUCAACCUCUUAAUACUCAAUGAGGUCACUGCAAUGAGAAAGAAUCAGAUCAAGAGAGAGGGGGAGGAAGAGGACGACGACGAGGGAGAAGAAACCCAGACGGAAAAAGGCCAUCAGACAAGGUCGCUUUUUUUGGCGACACAGCAUUUGCGAGGAGCGUGGUGCUGAAUAUCAUCCGCCCGCUCAGCGUGGGGACCAACGGACUCGUAGAAGCACUUUGCGUUACCACGAAAACAAAGGAAAGAAGACGAGGGAGAAGAGGGGAGAGAAGCUGUGAGCAGUUCCGCUUUGGAUCUCAGGGAAGCCAAGCUCAUAUACUUGGCAAGGAAAGGAAGGGGAGCCUGAAAGGUCUGGGAAGCUAAGGAGGGAGCGGCGUUUCCCUGCGGAGACUUGGAACGCGGCAGAACUCUGGACAGCGCCUCCGAGCCGGGCUCCGAGCUCCGAUGGCUCCUCCAGGUUUCCGGCUCCUUAUUUGAAAGCCGUUCUACCGGUGUAAUUUCCUCUCCUGGAUUCCAAACACCGAACCGGGAAAAUCCUUCUACGAAUCCUGUCUGAACGUGCCAGGGGGUGGAGUGACUCUUUGCCUCUAGCCCGGUCAGGGAAGAGGAUCUCGGUUCUGGAAAUCCAGUCCUUGUGGAUAAUGCUUCGCUGGUGAAGAAAGAAAAGUUUUGGGGUCUGGUAGGGGGCAAAAGGGGUAAGGAGGAUAGUGGAAGAAAGAAGGUGGAUGGUUGGUUUCCCUCUCUGAUCUGAAAGGAAUGAUGACCGAGGAAGGAUGUGCACCAGCGGCCAGAUUAUUGGGAGCCUCUUGGUGCUCUCUGUGCUGGAGAUAGGGCUGGGGGUGUCCAGCGUGGCCGUGGGGGCGGUCAGCUUCAGCCUGGCCCUCCGAGAGCACAAACCGCAGCUUGGAGACUCGUCCCCGGUAUGGAGCGGGGUGUGUUUUCUUCUUUGUGGCAUAUGUGGGAUAUUGUGCGCCAAAAAAAAAUCUGGACUUGUCAUGAUCCUCUUUUCUGCCUGCUGCAUCUGUGGACUCAUUGGGGGCAUCCUGAAUUUUCAGUUCCUACGGGCCGUGACAAAGAAGACUUCUCCCCUUUACCCCCUGCAUCUCGCUUCCAUGUCUCUUGCCUGCAUUGGGAUUGGGGGCUGCACCCUCUCUUCCUGGCUCACCUGCCGGCUUGCCAGCUAUGAACAGAGGAGGAUGUUCUCAGAAAGGGAGCAUUCUCUGCACCACUCUCAUGAAAUGGCUGAGAAAAGAUUGAGGGCUAUUGAAAUAACCGACUUGCCCAGCUGCCCGGUGGUGCCCCCGACACCAGAGUUACCUACAAGGAAAUGACAGACAACAUGAGCAAUGGAGGACCACAACUGAUAUUUAAUGGAAGAGUAUAAUCAAUGUUUUAAAGAAUUGAACAUUUUUUAGGAUUUUCAUGAGGCAAAGAAAUACCAAAGGAUUAGUAGAUAAAGGCAAAAAAAGCCCUUGAAUUUGCUGUUAUCUUUCCUGAGCUCUCACUAAAAUUAUUCUUUCUCAAUUUUGCCUCACGUUAUUUCUUCAGCUUUUUUUUUUACUGGGUGUAAAACUUUCCAGAAAUAUUCUAGUACAGUAAUUUCAAUCAACUUUCCAGAUUGUUCUAAAAAAGACUUUUUUGGGGAAAAAAAGUAUAGCUAAAACAGAAAGAUUCAUAUUCUAUACAAACACUAUCUGACUAGCAUGGGUGUUAGAUUUGUAAUGACAUAUUUCAUAUAAGUAACCAAAAACUAUAAAUAUCGGGAAAUAACAAUAACUUUUUGAUGUUUUUGUUCUGAAAGACGAUGGCUUCAAAGAAUGCCACAAUUCAAAUCCUCAGCAAUGCUUUGUAAAGACAUUGUAAUUAUUUUCAAUUUGUGAAUGAACUAUAUAUUUCAUAAUUUCUUUGUAAAUUACCAAAAAGCCUAAAAUAUAAAAAGAGGUGGGUUUUUUUUCAGAGAGACGGUGUUAGUCUGUGUGAAAGUUUUGCAUUUUUACAUAAGAGCAAAAAGUUGUAAAUGAAUAUCAUUUAAGGAAAGUCAGUAGGUUUUGAUUAUAGUGUGCAGAUUAAUAGGCAUGUUCAUGAAUGAGCCUAAGAAUACAAUAAAGUGUGUGUGUGUGUGUGUGUGUGUAUACUGUAAAUAUAGAAAAUAUACAGAGGACAUAUUUAUAGCAUUCAUGAAUGUAAAUAGGUAGUAGAAAAGAAUUUGUGAUGCUGUGGGGGUACUAGCAAUGUUCUAUUCCUACAGAAAUGGGAAAGCAAUUGUUCAAGGCUUUGCUAUGCCCACAGUCACAUUUAAUUUCUACUAAAUGUUUUCAUUUUUAUUCCUUUUAUUAUGUCUGCUGUAUGUAAAUAUCAUUGUGGCUGAUAUUUAUAGAGUUAAGUGAUCUGAAUAGUGGAGUAUGUAGAUUGCUUCAUUAUUUGGCUAUUUUACUAUUAUUAUGGUAUUUAUGUAAGAAUAAUCAUUAAUAUUGAUUUAUAAACAUAACUUUAAUUCAAAUACAUCUACAGUUAUAAAUAUGGACAUAACGAUGUGAUUAUUCAUGAUGUUAUAUUUCAAAUACUUUACUGCCCAAUAAAUUAUAUAAAAAGACAGAUGAUGUAUGCCCAGAAGAUUAAGUUACAAUUAGCUUUGUUAGAAUUUAUUUAGAUUUUUUGUUUUGUUUUACAAUUCACACGGAAAAAUACAGACAACUAUUUUAAGAAGGCUUAUAUUCAAAGAACCUGAAAAAGUUCUCUGUAGAAGGAAAUUAAAAGAUAGGCUUACAUUUAUAUUGCCAGAUUCAGUCCUUCUCUUCCAUAACAGAAUGCUAAAAAAAUAGCAGUGUAUGACACUAUGUAUAGGUGAAAAAAUAGCAUGGUCAUUGAAAACAGUUGUGAGAAUAUAACCUGUGGAAACAGAUAAAGAAAUAUAUUUUUUCACUGCACCUGCGACAUGUGGAAUUUCCCAGACCAGGGAUCGAAUCUGAGCCACAACUGUGACCUAUGCCACAGCUGUGGCAAUGACAGAUCCUUAACUUGCACCACAGUGGGAACUCAAAGAAAUCUAAUAUUUGAAAAUAUAUAACUCUCACUGUAUUACCUACUUUUAUUUUUCCCCAAAGAUAAUCAAUUCUCAAGUCAUUUUUUAUGAGUUACUUAGUGAAUCCUAUUUAAAAUAGCUUAUUAAAAAAUCUGGCUGUAUAUGUUAAAAGGAAAUGACUGGACCAUGGUUUUUUUGGUGUAGUUUUUGAAGUUCCCCAACUCAUAUAAGUAACUUCAUUAUCCAGUAGAUUACAGAAGUUGCCCAUAAAUGCAGCCUCAAAUAAUGAUUCAACAUCAUUGCUCUAUACGUGAUGCCAUGAUUAGGCAUGAUUUUUGUCACUGAAAAUCUAAACUAUACAAUGUAGGUAUUUUGCGUGUAUGGUUCUACUGAAUUUAUGCAAGGAUGUAGUUUUAUACUGAAAGAAUAAGUACCAACUCUAAUUUUAGGUGGCAUUUCUUUGUAGACAUGUUUAUACAAUACAAAGUUACAAUAGAUUUAUAAGAUGUUUUAAUGCCUUUUGAAAUAAUAUGAAAUCACCCAUUAAAGGACAAAAAUAGGCAUAUCACUGCUUUGACAUAGAGUUAAGGAGAGAUGACAUUAUCACAAUUAUCCAAGUAGUCUACAGUGCACUUAACAAGUAUAGAUAUAUCUUUAAUUAUUUUAACCCAGCAUUUUCAGGACUCAGUUAUUUAGAGUGAUUUAUUUGGGAUGUGUAGUGAGUCUUUUUGAGAUAAGCAGGGGAAGUCAGGAAGACAUUGUUUAAGUACUUGGAACAUUGUUUAAGUACUUGGAAAUCUAUUGUUCAUAAAGCACUGAACUAUGAACUAGACUAUUUUAAGUGACUACAGUUUUAGUAGAAGCUUACCCUUGGGAAAAAAGUAAUGUGGUACUAAAUUAGAAAAAAUUAUGUGAAACUAACGUGGUGGUGUGCUAUAGAGAUUAACUACAUAAAGGUGCACUAAUUAUAAGCAUAAAAGAAUAAAAGUGGACUCUGCUUUAAAAAUUUUCAACAUAUGUGUGUGUAUGCACACACAUACAUAUAUAUACAAUUGUUUAGAAGUGGAACAUGAUAUGAUAACUCUAUUGAUAUGUCUAUGUAAUAAAAUGGUGUGCUUCAAAACUACAUAUGGUGUGAGCCUUCUUUCCAUCAUGAUACAGAAAAAUAUUUCCCCUGAUAACUAAGUGGAUAAAUGUGCAGUUCUGAGACUGGCAGGGGAGAGGAUGUUGUGAAUGAGGUGGCAAAUAUAGUCCCAGCUACAGGAUAUGGAAUUAAGAAAGAGCAUUAUUUGAGAAAAGAAAGAUUAAAGUAUGUUCCAAUAUAGACAGGAAGUGAUUGAAGAUAUAAGACAAAGUUAGCAUAUGAAGGAGCUGAGAUCCCCAAAGAGGAAGGCAGAUAUAAGACACAGAUCAUACAAGACAGAAUUAACUAGAGAUAGGACUGAGAUUGCAGAUCUCACAGAUGAAACCUUUACAUGAAAUAUGUAGAGAACUCUGCUGACCUAUUUGGAUUUAUCAGAUUGGCUGUUACUGGAUUAUGGGGUGGACAAUAAUUCAUUGUGCAGACUGUACUAUACAGUUCAGGCCCCACCCACUAAAUACCAAGAGGACAAUGCAGUUGUAACAACCCAAAAUAUCCUAACCAAUUUUCACCUCUUUGGUAGAGAAUAAUUUCCCCCUAAUUUAGAACGAUUGAGGAAAACCCUUGAUCAUGAUCCAGAGCAACCGAUAUUAGUGCUAUCCACAAGUAUAGACUUUAGUUGCUUAGGGUCAUAAAUCCACUGUUCUAGGGUCUACUACCUUUUCUGAUACAGUGGCCACAAUCCUAUCCACAUGUGACUAUUUAAAUUUAAUUUUU